GAGAGAGAGAGAGAGAGAGAGAGAGAGAGCUUGCUUUCGGUUGCGGGAAUUGAUGGAGGAGGUGGAGAGCUCGGGCUCGAGCACCCCGCCGCCGGCCGGGGAUCGGAAGGCGAGGCGGGAAUCGGUCCGGGUGAAGAGAGAGACGCUGCAGGCCGUGCUCCAGCAGUGCCAGCGAGCUCUCGAGCUGCUCAGCAACGGCGAGGUCGAGGAGGGCGGCGAUGAGGGUGUCGGCGCCGGCGACGGCGACGGCGACGGCUCCGUCCCGGAAGUUGAGCCGGGUGGGGAUGGCUCGGCGACUCCGCGCAGUGAUUGUGGAGCCGAUGAGGUACUGUGUGAUCUUCUCAAAUCUAGAGUUGAAUGCCCAGACUUCCUCCAAAAGCUAGAGUGUGCUCAAGUGUCAAUUCCGCGUAAUGCUGCCGAGGAAGGUGGCGACUGGGAUAUGGUCAGUGAAGAUGAUCUAUGGGAAGAUGAAAACAUGGAUCCUAGCGAACAGGAUUAUGUUGUUGUGAAAGAAGAAGAUAUCGUAGAUGGUAUAGCAUGCUUUAUGGCUGCCUGCCUCCGGUCCCUAAAACAGACAAAGGAGUUGACUCCUAACCAACUUCAGGAAGGUCAGCUUGAUUCUCUUUGCAAGACAUUCUCAUUAAAAAAGAAAAAGGGAAAGCUUCGGAAGGCAUGGGAUGGGAGCAGAGUUAUUUAUAAUGUAGCAUCGUGGGGAGCAACUGCAAUUGGGAUAUAUCAAAAUCCUGUCAUUCUUCAGGCUGCCUCGAAAGCCUUCUGGGCAUCCUGUCAUGUGAUCUCGAAGCUUCUCUGAUGUGGAUGCUCCUUCAGGGGAGGAGUUAAGGCGGUUGGGUUGUCGGUGCUUGUGCUGCGUAGGUGGCCUGGUGUUCUGAAUGUUGUGCCAUGCCGAUGUCAUUCUUUAUUGUGUGCAGAUCAGAUCAAUUGCAUAACCUGAUCUACUCUUUGUAAAUAUGGACUUUCUUAUUGGAAUUCAUGUUGAUUGGUGA